AUGCAAAGCUGACAGCUUGGAGCUCUCGAGCUGAUACCUAACCAGUUCUAAACAGCAGAUCAAUCGAUCGUUCUUUCAAGGCUUCGAUUUGAUGCUGACCGGCUGCAUGGUACUUCUACUACCCGUAUACGUAUGCCCUCACGGCCCUCCAUCAGAAUGGAAGCGAUCUGCAGCAACAAGCCUCGCGGCUCAAUACCAGCAGCCUUCAAUAGCAGCUUUGGUCACGCAAACACCACACCACAACCAAAUCAGGCUUGUAAGCAACAACUAUGGACGCCUCCAAGCUACAAUUGAGAAGCUGUGAGUUGCGGCACGGCUUCGAGCUUACGACUACUGGACAGUCAAGAAAUGCCAGAAAU